AUGGCGCCGCUAUUCUUUUUUGUAUUUGUAUUUGUUUCGCAUGUUCAGAGUCAGGCUCUGCUUUCUGUUAUGGAACAGCAUGUUGAACUUAGUGCAUUUAACCACUAUGUAAAUUCCUCGUCGACUCUCACAAGUCUAUUCUCAUCCGCCAACAAUAUUACCCUCCUCGCCCCAUCGAACGCUGCAUUUCAGACAUGGCUCUCGAACCGGUCACCAACGCUGAGCUCGGAUCAAAUCGAGGCUCUAUUAAGUUACCAUGUUCUCCAUGGAGUGUUCCCGACCGUGUCCCUCUCGCCAAAGCCACAGUUUGCGAGCUCGUUCCUUACCAAUACGUCCUACGCCAAUGUCACUAGUGGACAGAAGGUUGAGUUUCUACCAACCAUUAAUGGGGACCCACAAAUAGUGUCUGGGAACAAGAGCAUUAGCGAUUUUUCAACAAAGGAUAUACUCUUCACAGGGGGACUCAUCCAAAUCAUUGACACCGUUCUCACCAUUCCUCUCAGCUACGAGCUGUUGGUGACGCAAGCGAACCUCUGUGCAGCCGACGCAAACUUGGUGAAUGCGGUUCUAUACCGACCCAAUAUGACCUUCUUCGCACCCAACACGCAAGAAGCGCUCGCUGCAUUCAACGAAAUCGCACCAAACAUGUCCCAAUCCGAACUCGCGGGCGCCUUCAACUACCACGCUAUACCAAACUUCAUUGGCUACAGCUCUCAGCUUAAAUCGGGAAUGCAGUUGAAAACUGCGCAGGGAACCAAUGUCACGAUUACUAUUCAAGGGAAUACAACAUUUGUUAACGGCGCGAAGAUUGUGACGUCGGAUUAUCUCGUUGCUAAUGGAGUGGUGCAUAUGAUUGACGGGUAA